GAUCAAUAUGAUUUCUAUUUUAUCAAUAUGCUUUUAUUUUAUAUUGUCCAGCCCUAGUGACAAAGCUAGUCACGUGACAUGGUAACGUUCUCCUCUGUUCUCCCUGCUUCUAUCAAUCAAUUUGGAGCCUGUUUUUAAAUAUCUUCCAAACUAUAAAUUAUGGAUCUGGUCCACUGAACCAUGCUACCAGCACCCAAAUGCUGUUACCAGAAUCUGGCCUCCCCAUCGGCAUUAAAGGCAGAACAUCAUAAUUUCUCCUAGAUGUUAUCCAACAAGAGAUUUAAACAUUGCUGCUCUUCACCAGAAACCAGCUUCACAUCCCAUCGUCUGGAGACAGGAAGUGUUUCCAGAUUCUGUUAUAAAGGGACAGGACUGAAAGGCAGGAAAGGUCACUGAGUUCUGUGUUGUUCCUGAUGUCAUGAUCCGUAGGGCUUUGGGUUUGUCACCAACGGUGUUCUAGGUUAUUUAUCUCUUCAGUUCUUCUGUUCUUGGUGUGUCCAGAGAGGUGAUCUGACAGUCAGACUGAAACUGAAGGAGAACAGGAAGAGAGGAACAGGAUGGAGAGAGUCCUCCUCCUGUGCAUCUGUGCUGCUUCAGUGCUGAGAGCUGUCUGCCCACUUCUGGCAAAUAAAUACCGUUUUGUUAAUGAGAUGAAGACCUGGACUGAAGCCCAGAGUUUCUGCAGAGAAAAGUACUCCGACCUGGCAGCGAUACAGGGAAUGGACGACGUGACGAUGCUGAAUGAGCAGGUGGAUCAGAGUAAAAUGGGAGACAACCAUGUAGCCUGGAUCGGACUGUAUGACAACAUGAACAGCUGGAUGUGGUCCAUGUCAGACUCAGACUUCUACCAACAUGAUGAGAAUUUCACAAACUGGGAAACUGAAGAACCAAACAACUAUGCUGGAAUAGAGAGCUGUGUUGAGAUGUAUGAUAAUGGACGCUGGAACGACAAACCUUGUGCUGAACAAAAAAACUCAAUCUGCUUUGAUGUCACAGGGACAAAUGUGACAUUUGUUCACAUUAGCAUCAAAAUGAACUGGACUGACAGUCAGCGUUACUGCAGAGAGGUCCACACAGACCUGGCCAGUGUGAGGAACAUAGCAGAGAACCAGAAGGUCAAUGAGCUGAUGUCACCAGGAGAAAAGGUCUGGAUCGGCCUUUUCAGAAAUACCUGGACGUGGUCGGAUGGAACCAGCUCUGCAUUUCGGUACUGGAGUUCUGGGGAACCCAAUGGAAACAGUGACAACUGUGCUGCUGCAGACAUGAAAAAUCAUGGAAAAUGGGAGGACUGGAACUGUGAAGUAAAAACAACAUUUAUUUGUUCUGCAGAUCCGGUUCACACCAAGCAAGUGAAACUGAAGGUGGUGGGAAGUUCCUCUGUGGACCUCAACAACCCUGAAGUGCUAGAAGACCUGCUGAAAGAGAUGAAGCAGAAGCUGAAGGACCAGGGAGUGGAUGAAGACAUCAGACUGAGCUGGAAGAAGCAAAAGGAUGGAAAGAUCUUCCACAAAGAUGAAGAGAAGUCCAGGAAUAAUAAUAAUAAUGAGCUUUAGACCUGACUCUGUUUCUUCAGAUAAAAUAUCUCCUUUUCUGUUUUCUUCAUCAGUCUGUGUCAUUGUCUGAUUAUGAGGUU